UAUUGAAACAUGUUACUAAUGGUUGAAUGGUUGCAAUAUUGCAUCAAAUGGUCACUUAUUUUUGUUAUUUUGGAUGUAUGUAAAACAAGAAUUACAUUAGAUGGCUGACUGAUUUUUUUUAAUUUUGACAACGUUAAAGCAUGUAGAAUAUUUUUGUUAUUUCGAACUUGCACUAUUGGGCUUGUUUACGCCCCUAUUUUCAAAUAGUAAAAUGCUUAACAAAUUUGUUAGGAUUAUAUAAUAUAUUUUAGUAGAUUGGUUGCCAUGUGUAGUCGUCGUCCUCAAUGGCAUGAAGUGAAACCCUGUCAUAUGUCAACCAACUACCGAGUCGUGGAUGCCACUCUAUUCAUUAGUCGUUGUUGCGAAAACACACAUAUAUAUAUAACCUCUUCAACAAAUGUCUCCUCUCAAGACGAUUCAAAUUCAAAUUCUUGGAGAGUUGGAGCAUAUACGGGAUCAAUAUGGCUUUCAUCAAAAUAACGAGGCUGAAUAAGAUCAGUGAGAAUAUUUUAAUGAAAUGGAGAGGCACCCUUCGUAUUUUCACAACAACCCUUCUCAGCCUCCUCCUUCCCCUCUCAUUCCUCCUCCUAGCUCGUCUUUCCACCGCUGAUUAUCUUUUGUCCCUGAAUGAUUUCCCGGCGGCUCAGCCGCCCUCUCUGGUCUUCUUCUCUCUCCUCCUAAAUUCCAUCCCACUCAGCCCUCUCCACAUACUUGUUUCCCUUCUAUGCGUUGCUUCCCUUGUCCAUACCUUGAAUAAUGGCCGGAUCACUUUCCCAAGCUUUUCCGUUUCACCAGGGACCACCGUCAGACCGCGUCUGUACACAGCGUGGAUUGUUCUCUGCACGUUGCAAGUUUGUGUUGGACUGGGGAUCGAAGGGAGUAUAGGGGCUGGCAUCGAUGGUUCGGGUUUUGGUCAUGAGAGAAAUUUUAUAUGCAGGAUUGUGUUUUUCUUGGGGUUGUAUGCCACGACGGAGUACUGGUGGCGAACGAUAGUGAAGCCGGUGGUGGAUGAUACGAUAUAUGGUUUUGAGGUGGAGGAGAGAUGGGUAGAGAGGGUGGUGAUGGGGGUUAGUUUGGGUUGUUUGUGGUGGUGGAGGUUGAGAGAUGAGGUGGAGUCGCUGGUGGUUGUGACGGAGAUGAAGAGAGAGAUGGAUGUGGGUGUUGGUAUGGUUGAUUUCAUGGGUUGGUGGUUGUAUUAUUUGGUGGUGACGAUUGGGAUGGUUAGGGUGUUGAAAGGUCUCAUUUGGUUCGCCCUUAUUUUACUUUAUCGUAAGAUAGAACAAGUAAGAGAUGAAAACGAUUCCCUUCGAGUUGAAGAAAAAGUCUAAUUAUCAUUUUUUUUUUAUAAGUUUUUUUUUUUUUUUUUCAAAUUUUUAAACCAAGAAUGGUCAUAUGAUGUAAUGUUCAUAGAUGGUGGGAUGUUUAAUGAUAUCCCUUUUAUUCAGACCCAUUUAUUUUAAAUUUUAAUUGUCCCAUUGAUUAAAUUUUAAGGAUUAAUUGCGUAUAUUGGCAACGAAUUAUCUGGAUUCUAUCCUUUCAUCAAAACUCUAAUUGGGUUCAAUAAAACUCUAAAAGUAAAAUUUUGUUAGGGUGUUAUCAUUGAAACAUGUC